ACCCUCACUCCGUUCACUGCGCACGGUUCACGCCAGGCGGCGGCGCCGCUAGUGGCGGUCGUUGCGGCAACCACAGUAGCCGACGUCCCCCACACGCUCGCGGAACACGUCCGCGUGACUCCCUGGCGGCGCCCCUGCCCGCGCGACUCCCCGGCGGCGUGCCUCGCCCGCGGCCUUUCCGGCGGCACAGCCUCCGCGCGACUCCAGGCGGCGGUAGCAGCCUCCUCGACCCUCCCCUCCACAUGCUCGGGAAUCGAUCUAGAAUUGGGGGCAUAUGGAUCCUGCGGAGGUUCCUGAAAGCUAAUAUUUUUCCUCUCCGUUGAAGCCGGUCAGUAUAUAUGUAGGCCAAGCUGCACACUUGUCUGAAGAAACUAUUUGUUUUUAAGAUGAAGUCUAAGGCCAACGGGAGCAUACAGAAGGCAGGGAAGGCUAAUGAUGUCCAAGGAGGACCAAACUGGGUUCUUGUUGCAGGAGGAGUUUUGCUUAGCACACUUUCAGUCAGACUUGGGUCCAAAUUGAAGCAAAUAUUUGUAACCAAGCAGCAAAACACUUCUAACAAAGCCAAAAGAAGGCCUGGGGCAUGUGAUCUGCACUCCAACCUCUACAGGUUUAGUGAUCAAACCAGCUGCCACUGUUUUAUGUCAGGGCACGCAGAUGGUGGAGUGGAGGUCAAGCAAGUACCUCAAAGUCCUAUAUCCAUAUCAACUGAACCAUCCAAUCUUCUUGUGAAGAUAGCAGCACCAGAAUCAAGCAAAGAGAACAGUGGUGUCAUGUGGUCAUCAUCGCCUGACCAGCUUGAAGAUCCUCGCAAGCCAUUUCAGCACUCAAACUGUUCAGGCUCUCCCUCUGUUUCAGAAUCAGGAUCUGACAUUUAUACCAAGCGAGAGGUCAUACAGAAGCUGAGGCAGCAGCUCAAGAGACGCGAUGAGAUGAUCAUGGAGAUGCAAGCUCAGAUUGCGGAUCUCAAGAACUCUCUCACCAUCCAGGUGACACAGAACACCAACUUGCAGUCUCAAUUGGAUGGCACUAACCGAGAUCUGUUUGAAUCUGAGAGGGAAGUUCAGCAUCUGAGGAAGAUCGUCGCAGAUUAUUGCGUUGCAGAGCCGCUCUUGCACGAUAAGCCUUUUCAAGAUGGACAGUGGCAAUCAAAUGGCACCAAUGGGCAUGUUAAUGGCUAUUCUGACAGUAGUAUUGAUGACCCUGUGUUGCACUUUAACGGUGUUGAGAAGAGGAAAGGAGAGGCAGAGAGGGUGGAGUUGCUUAAGAGAGAGGUCGGUGAGCUGAAGGAAGUUAUCGAAGGCAAGGACUUCCUGCUUCAGAGCUACAAGGAGCAGAAGGUUGAGCUGUGCUCUAAGGUCAGAGAACUGCAGGAAAAGCUCUCAGCUCAAGUGCCGAACAUCUUGUAGUACUCUAGGGUUACCUUUCUCCAUGGACCAGAAGGUGGGUCUCUGAUAGAAUAAGCAGGGCUUUGCGGAAGAAGCUCACAGCAAAAAUCACCAAAAUCUUUGCUAGGGUCUUUGCAGAAUGUUAGGAUGAUGCUUUUAUCCCAUUUUAGUCAUGAUGUCAAGUCGAUUUGCUUUCAGAAUGUUAGGAACUAGGAAGGGUCUUUUCUUUAUUCAUUCAUUUGUCAGACCUAGGUAGUUGGUAGUGAAAUCAAUGGUGAACUUGGUGCUAGGUAUUUGUACAGGUUUUCGAUUCAAGUACAAUUGUGUAUUGCGCCUCCUCCUUUGGAAUGGAUGGUUUGCUAAGCCCACGUAUGUCAUUGCCUCAAUUAUUGA